UUUCCGAAAAGUGAACGUUUCACGAGUCAACAGCACAGCAACGUCGUUCGAGAAGUUCUAGGCGCUGUUUGCGACAUUUUUCUUUCUUUUAUCCGUCAUCCAAUGUUUUGUGUGAUGAAAUAACACGUUGAUUAGCAAGUAAUUUCGAUUUUAGUGUUCAAAGUCGUAAUAAAGUAACUGCUAGAUUACGAUAUAAGCUAAUAUGGGCGACGAAAGCCACCCGAAAACUCUCUACGUCGGUAAUUUAGACGCGAGUGUGACAGAAGAAUUUCUAUGCGCGUUGUUCGGACAAAUAGGCGAAGUUAAAGGCUGUAAAAUAAUACGUGAACCGGGCAACGAUCCGUAUGCGUUUCUCGAAUUUACAAAUCACACGGCAGCGGCAACAGCCCUGGCCGCCAUGAACAAGCGAGUGUUUCUCGACAAGGAAAUGAAGGUUAACUGGGCUACGAGUCCUGGAAAUCAGCCGAAGACGGAUACUAGCAACCAUCACCAUAUAUUUGUAGGUGAUUUAUCACCGGAGAUUGAAACUCAUAUACUUCGUGAGGCCUUCGCACCGUUUGGUGAAAUCUCUAAUUGUCGAAUAGUACGCGAUCCCCAGACGCUCAAAUCUAAGGGUUAUGCUUUUGUAUCAUUUGUAAAAAAGGCAGACGCCGAAGCCGCCAUCCAGUCUAUGAACGGCCAGUGGUUAGGUUCUCGCUCUAUACGUACAAAUUGGUCAACACGUAAGCCUCCUACCAACAGACCAAACGAAGGCACGCCCAGUAGCAAACGAGUUAAGCAACCUACAUUUGACGAGGUGUACAACCAGAGCUCACCAACAAACACAACCGUGUACUGUGGAGGCUUCACAAGUAAUGUUAUCACAGAGGAGCUGAUGCAGAGUACAUUCUCACAGUUUGGUCAGAUACAGGAUGUUAGAGUGUUUAGGGACAAAGGUUAUGCCUUCAUUAGGUUCACAACAAAGGAAGCCGCAGCCCAUGCAAUUGAAGCGACACAUAACACAGAAAUAAGCGGGCACACAGUUAAAUGUUUCUGGGGGAAAGAGAAUGGUGGCGGAGAGAACCAGAGUACAAAUAACCCACCUGCAGCUACAACAGCAAUGGGAGCACAAACACAAUACCCAUAUGCAUAUCAGCAAGGAAUGGGUUAUUGGUAUGCACAGGGCUACCCAGCAAUACAGGGCUACAUGGCGCCUGGCUACUACCAGCAAUAUCCCACCGCUUAUAGCAAUCCUCAAGCAGCUGCUGCCGCGGGCUACCGCAUGAGCAUGCCGGGUGGGGCCGGCGCCGGGGCGUCAUGGGGUGGCACCGCGCAGCCCCUCAUGUACGCCUCCGCAGCCAUGCCCUCCGCGCAGUACCCCUCGCAGUAGCGCCCCGCGCGAGCCCCGCCCCCCGUCGCCCCGCGCCCCGCGCCCCGCCCCGCGGCAUCUCCGCGCUCUUUGACACUGCUACAGUCGCGUGCGCAUACAGACUGAGUGCGGCCGAGCCCGCGUAUGUUGAGGCGCGCACACAUGACGCGGUGUUGACCGCAAACGUCACAUUGACACCUGUCAGUGUGACACGUCCUCUGUAGGCGGCCAAAUUAGUCUACGACGCCGUGCGCGGGCUACUAGGGAAUAAUUAGGCUAGAGGUAACAGAUUGUUGAGCCGGGAUGGGAAAUGUUUUUAUUCGUGGCUCAACGUGUAAAUGGCAAUAACCGACCUUCGUUUGUUAGUUUACGUCCGUUUGUUAAACGAUCAAGUUUACGCUGACUUCUGUUUAGUCUAAGCUUCUAGGGAGAAAUGGAAAAUAGUCCUAAUAUUGGUUUUUGUUUCUAAAUGUUUCGUUCGUUCCACUGUUCACAUCGCCUUCUUCAUUUGAUCGACUUGAUUUGGUACAUUCCAUUCCAUAAACCUAAUGUACCAUGUCAUUCUUAACCCCAAUCCUAUUGUAUUAUUUCCCAAGGUCAUGUAACGGUCAAUGCCGAGUGCUUUAUUCACUAACGGAUCGAUAUCCGUACCAUACUUCAUGUUGUUGACUGUAAUGUCAAAUUCCAAGUGCCUAUAAAUGUGGUAAUAUUUGUUAUCAGGCGAGUCUGCUUGAUUUUGUUACUUUAAAAUAUCGUUUCCGUUGUUGGGGGACGAUAUAUUCUCAGACGCGAUUACCAUUUGCUAUAUUUAUACACUAUGACAAUAUCAUGUUGCCGUUUCAAUC